UGCCCUACUGAGAACAAGGGUGAGCCUGCCAAGAACUCAGAGUGGUGACCUUGAAGUCUGUGGCCAGGCUGCUGGGGACAUGGCAAAAAGAGACCCUUUGUUUUCUGCCUCCCCACUAACAGAUAAAGGGAAAAGAAUAAUAUAUACAGGUCCGGAUGGCACAGGUAAUUACCAACCAAAGGUACUGGAUUAUUGCCAUUACAUAGGAUCAAAAUCUUCACCUGUGGAGGGCACUAGUGAUGCCAAGUAUUUGUGGAGACCUGCACCAAGUAAUCCUCCUCCAUGGAUGCACAGGCAUUGGUUUGUAGGAGAAAUUGGCUGGAGAACAAAAAAGUUUGGCUCACUUAACCAAACUGGCCUUCCCCAGGGCAAGAAGAUGAUGCCUAAGCUAAAUCUCCCAGCUGAAGAAUUUGAAAUAAUUAACGAAUACAAAAAUCCCAGGAAAUUAACAUUUAAUCCUGAGUACUGAGAGUUUGAAAGUUUACCCAAUGGAUGUAGAUAUACAGCUGAUUCUAUGUAAUAAAUAGGUGCACUCUGUCUUUCUGCCCAAAGGACAAUCAAGAUGGCUAACAGUUGCUGUGGAAAA